UGGGUAGAACUAGUUACAAGGGAUGUUGAGUAGAGCUGGUGAACAAAGGAUAUUGCAUAGAACUAGUUAAUGAGGGCUGUUGGGUAGACCUAGUGAACAAGGGCUGUUGUGUAUUACUAAGACAGAGUGAAAAAGGGAUGUUGGGUAGAUCUAAUGAACAAGGGCUGUUUGGAAGAAGUAGUUAACAAGGGCUUUUGAGUAGGCAUUAUAUAGUGAACAAGGGAUGUUAGUUAGAACUAGUGAACAAGGGCUGUUAGGCAGACAUAGUGAACAAGGGAUGUUGGAUAGAACUAGUGAACAAGGGCUGUUAGGUAGACAUAGUGAACAAGGGAUGAAGGGUAGAAGUAGUGAACAAAGGCUGAUAGGCAGACAUAGUGAGCAAGGGAUGAAGGGUAGAACUAGUGAACAAAGGCUGAUAGGCAGACAUAGUGAGCAAGGGAUGAAGGGUAGAACUAGUGAACAAAGGCUGAUAGGCAGACAUAGUGAGCAAGGGAUGAAGGGUAGAACUAGUGAACAAAGGCUGAUAGGCAGACAUAGUGAACAAGGGAUGAAGGGUAGAACUAGUGAACAAAGGCUGUUAGCCAGACAUAGUGAACAAGGGAUGAAGGGUAGAACUAGUGAACAAGGGCAGUUUAGAAGGGAAGUAAUGAGUGGACCUACUGAACAAGGGAUGUUGCCAAGAACUAGUGAACAAGAGCUGUUUGGUAGAACCAGUGAACAAGGGCUAUUGAGAAGACCUAAGUGCAGGAGGAAUGUUGGAAAAAGCUGGUGGUUAGGGGCUGUUUUGUACACACAGUUAAGGGUUGUUGGGUAGAAUUAGAGAAGAAAGGGAUGUUGAGUAGAUCUAGUGAACAAGGGAUGUUGAGUAGAACUAGUCAGCAAGGGAUGUUUUUAUAGAGCUGUUGAACAAGAGCUAUUGGAUAGACAAUUUAGGAAACAAGGGAUGUUUGGUAGAAUUAGUUAACAAGGGGUGUUGAGUAGAAGUAGUGAACUAAGGAUGCUAGUGACUAAGUGUCAAAGUGAGUGAACAAUGGUUUUUGGGCGGAACUGGUGUACAAGGGAUCUUGGAUAGAACUAGUGAACAAGGGAUCUUUGGUAGAACCUAUGGAAGUUGUUUUGUGUGGUUGAACAAAUGAACCUAUUUUCUAUGAUAGUAUUGUUUGAAAUAGGGAACAUUGUCAAUACAGAAUAGAAUGUGUGGAUAGACUUUGUGAACUUUUGCACUUUGUUUUCUGGCAAAUUGUCUGGAGCAAAUUUAUAAUGUUAUUUGCCAUAAAAUUCUGUAAAACAAACAAGUUACUGAAAUAUUAAUGUUAUAGAGAAAGAAAAAAAAAACAUACAGUUCUGAUAAACAGUGAUAAAUGUUGUAUAAAAACUGAAAACUACAUUAGGCAGUGCCAGCAUGAAUAGGAAAUAAUGGGAGAAUGGUAAUAAAAUUGUAUGGUGCAUGUCAGAAGUCUAGAUAAUAAAAACUCUAGUGUUUUCUUCUCUUUAGUUUCUAUAUUCAAGUAUAAUGCACUAGCAUAACAAAGCA